AUGCGUUUCCGUCUCAAGCCAAUUGUGAUUAGCGCUGACGUAGAGAAAGCAUUUCUUCAAAUUUCUAUUCAGCCAAGUGACAGGGACGUCACCCGAUUCAUCUGGUACAAGGACUGUACCACACCUGAGAAGGUUAACGGCAAUGUCACAGCGUACCGUUUCUGUCGAGUGCCGUUCGGUGUAGUCUCGAGCCCAUUUCUGCUCGCUGCUACCAUUCAGCUGCACCUCACACAGGCCCAGACCGAUGUGUCUGGUGCUAUUGCACGUGAUCUGUAUGUGGACAACCUAAUAACCACGGUCUACUCCCCAGAAGAAGGUAUUCAUCUCUACAAGGAAGCCAAGCAGCUGUUCUCAGAUGCAUCCAUGAACCUACGAGACUGGACCUCCAACUCCGACAAAGUGUUGGACAAGAUUCAGGAAAUCGACCGAUUGCCAUCAGCAUCUACCAAAGUCCUUGGGCUCAAGUGGGAUAGCAAAGCAGAUAACAUCGCCGUGUCCAACAGCAUCAAUGAGAAAUCAGUCGGUCCAGUCACAAAGCGCAGCGUGCUGAACAAAGUGGCAAGCGUGUUUGACCCACUCGGAUUGAUGACACCAUCUACACUGCAAGGGAAGCGGUACCUUCGUCGGCUAUGGGAGGAAGGUCUGGAGUGGGAUGCCCCAUUGUCCGCACCAAUGCUCCUGGAGUGGGACAACAUCCAAUCAGCACUCCGGCAGACGACGACCGUCACCAUUCCAAGGUUCAUUGGUCCUGCAAGUGCAAGUCAACCGAUGAGUCUACAUAUCUUCACAGAUGCAUCCAAGGAUGCAUAUGCAGCAGCAGCUUACCUCCAAGUGCAGAUUCCGGAUUCCAACAAGUACACGGUGAAUCUCAUCUUCUCCAGAUCCCGACUGACCCCGUCAGCCAACAAACCGUCCAAGAAGCAAUCAGUCACCAUUCCUCGUAUGGAACUGCUCGGCGUGGUCAUCGGAUUCAGGAUGGUCAAGUUCAUCCAAUCCCAGCUUCAACUUCAGAACAACAUCCCAACAUACCUCUGGACUGAUGCCAAGUGUGUUCUCCACUGGCUCACAACGCCCCAUCAUCUCUCAACAUUUGUUGCCAAUCGUGUGAAGGAAGUGAAAUCCAAUCAGCAGCUACAGUUUCGUCACGUUCAGUCCCAGGACAACCCUGCAGACAUAGCAACACGCGGUCUUCAGCCAGAGGAGUUGAAGGAGUCUUCUCUCUGGUGGCAGGGUCCUGCAUGGCUAGCAGGAGACAAAGAGGACUGGCCAACAGGAAAACUGAUCGUCACGCAAGAAGACAUUGCAGAAGCAGACAAAGAGAGACGCUCCCCUCUCAUUACAAUUGGGAACACAGCUGCCGUCAUCAACGACAGCACAGAAACGUAUUCGCUUCAGGCAGCAGAACAACGUGUUUCAUCCCUCAGAUCGCUCUUGAGGACUACAGCAAUCUGCCUCCGUUUCAUUGGCAAAAAGAUCUGGAGCAAGGUCAGUAGCAGCACACGAGAGAAGCUACGGCCAAAGAUUCCCCUCGCAGCAAUGGUCUUUGAUGAUGCUUCGCGCACCAAGUACGUAGCAGCCAGUGAUCUCAGCAUCGCAGAGAAGAUCAUCAUCAGACAACACCAACGACAGAACUUCACAGAUGCGUUCAAAGCUAUAGACAGCGGUACUCGUCACCCCCUUCAAGACCAGCUCGGACUUCGCCUGGAUGCUGAAGGACUGCUAAGAUGCCAUGGAAGGCUAGACAAUGCUCAGCUACCUGAAGAUGCAACUCGCCCUAUGCUGAUAUCCCGACACAGUAAGCUAAGUACUCUGAUCAUCCGGAAGUUCAUGCGCGUCUCAUUCAUGCCGGAGUGUCUCACACACUUGCCCAGAUUCGACAGAAGUACUGGCUUCCACAAGGGCGGGCAGCUGUGA